AAAAGUUCCCUGCGCCGGGAGCCGGGCAGGCGCACGCUCGUACGGCGGCCGCAGCGGCAGGGCGGGGCCGCGGAGGAGCGGGUGGCAGCGGAGGACGCCCCCGGGGACGCGACUCGCUCCCCUCGGGGUCUCUGUCGGACCUCGGAAAGGUACCGGCAGGGGGCGGGGGGGGCCGAGGGCUUUUGCACGGGGCCAUGGGCGACGUCGGGGAGCCCGGCCGGGGGCCCGCGCAGCCGGGGGCGCCGCUGCCCACCUUCCGCUGGGAGCAGAUCCGCCCGCACAACCUCCCGGGCGACAAGUGGCUGGUCAUCGAGCGUCGCGUCUACGACAUCAGCCGCUGGGCACAACGGCACCCGGGGGGCAGCCGCCUCAUUGGCCACCACGGCGCUGAGGACGCCACGGAUGCCUUCCACGCCUUCCACCAGGACCUCAAUUUCGUGCGCAAGUUCCUGCAGCCCCUGCUGAUUGGAGAGCUGGCCCCGGAGGAGCCCAGCCAGGAUGGACCCCAGAAUGCCCAGCUGGUCGAGGACUUCCGAGCCCUGCGCCAGGCAGCUGAGGACAUGAAGUUGUUUGAGGCCAAGCCCGCCUUCUUCGCUCUCUUGCUGGGCCACAUCCUGGCCAUGGAGGUGCUCGCCUGGCUCACCGUCUACCUCCUCGGCCCGGGCUGGGUGCCCAGCACCCUCGCCGCCCUUGUCCUGGCCACCUCCCAGGCUCAGUGUUGGUGUCUGCAGCAUGACCUGGGCCAUACCUCCGUCUUCCGGAAGUCCCAGUGGAACCACCUGGCCCAGCAGUUUGUGAUGGGACAGCUGAAGGGCUUCUCUGCCCACUGGUGGAACUUCCGCCAUUUCCAGCACCACGCCAAGCCCAACAUCUUCCACAAAGACCCGGAUGUGACCGUAGCGCCCGUCUUCCUCCUGGGGGAGUCGUCGGUCGAGUACGGCAGGAAGAAGCGCAGAUACUUGCCCUACAACCGUCAGCAUCUGUACUUUUUCCUGAUCGGCCCGCCGCUGCUCACCCUGGUGAACUUUGAAGUGGAGAAUCUGGCGUACAUGCUGGUGUGCAUGCGGUGGAUGGACUUGCUCUGGGCUGCCAGCUUCUACUCCCGCUUCUUCCUGUGCUACAUCCCCUUCUACGGCGUUCCUGGGGCGCUGCUCCUCUUCGUCGCCGUCAGGGUCCUGGAGAGCCACUGGUUCGUGUGGAUCACGCAGAUGAACCACAUCCCCAAGGAGAUCGGCCACGAGAAGCACCGGGACUGGGCCAGCUCUCAGCUGGCAGCCACCUGCAAUGUGGAGCCUUCGCUCUUCAUCGACUGGUUCAGCGGGCACCUCAACUUCCAGAUCGAGCACCACCUCUUCCCCACGAUGCCAAGGCACAACUACCGUAGGGUGGCCCCGCUGGUCAAGGCGCUGUGUGCCAAGCACGGCCUCAACUACGAGGUGAAGCCCUUUCUCACCGCCCUGGUGGACAUCGUUGGGUCCCUGAAGAAGUCUGGCGACAUCUGGCUGGAAGCCUACCUCCACCAGUGAAGGCGGCACCCAGGGCCCCAGCGACCACCAAGCCGGCCCAGGCAGGCUUGACCACUCCGCCCCACCCCCACCCGCACCCCACCCUCCACCUGGCCUAGGGGGCCCUGCCUACCCUUCUGGAUCUGCUGUCCUCACCUCACCACCCCCCUCACCUGUCUGCUUGGCAGCCCUAAGGCCAUGGCUCUUGGCCAAACAGGACCAGGGCUAGGGGGAUAGUACAUAAAGCCACACAGCAUGGCAUGUUUUCCUAGAGCAAAAAUUUAGGGAAAACGGUUAUUUUUAUAUAAAAACAAACACAGAAAAACGGUGGAGUAUUGAAUCUGCAAGAAUCUUGGAGCUGGACUUCCUGAGAGGAGUUUAGGCCACUUGGGCCAUCAGGGUGCUGGGGGGGCAGAGGGGCAGGGGGAGAGACUGGUGGCCCUGGGUCGGGAAGCUGGCAGCUGGCCCAGGCUCGGGUCUCUGUGAGGGUCCCUCCCUUCCUGUCCUUUCACCCACUCACCAGCAACCUGUGGCCGUCACGUUGGGUUCACUCGCUUUGCUCCUCUGCAAGGUGGGACAGGAGCCGGUCCGGCAGACCAGGGCUUGGGCCACGUCUGCAGGCGCCCCCCUCCCACCCAGCACAGGAAGGGGGAAGCCAGGAUGUCCCCCCGCCCCGCCCUGCACUGGCCUCCCGGAGCUUCCGAGGGCCACCUGCCAGUCUUAGCAUUUGCACCCAGCAUCAUGCUGGCAGGGGUGCAGCUUGACUGUGUUCAGUGGCCCACAGGAGGGGACCCUGGGUUUCUCCCAUGCCUCCCUGGGACCCGGUGCUUGCCUGCUGGAAGCAGCUUAAAGAAAACAAAGUGCUGA